AUGUCGUUUCAAGAUUCAUUACUGACUCCUCCAAACAUGGGGGAUGAUCUUAUUGAUAUUAACCUGUUGCUUGGGGACAUUGGGGAAGAGGAGACAAUGGAUGGAGGUAGCUUAGAGAUUGGUAAGAUGUUAGAUAUUGAGGUUCUAGUUCCGGAUGAUACAACUACUCAAACCAACCCCACUGAUUAUACUACCACUCACCCCCCACUCAAAAUACUACAAACACAAACACUGAUGGUUCAACCCCUCAACUUGACCAACCUCAGAGUUCUCAAAAAAUAUGCUGUUCAUACUGAAAUGAGAAAGUUAAGGUUGAAAGGAAAUAAUGAUAAAGAUUUUGCUCAGUCUAGGUUAAACAUAGGUGAUAGUACUCCUAGUUUGGCAAGUUGGACAUAUAAUCAUGCUAGGGUUAGAGAAAAAGCAUCACAUAUGAUUCUAGGUCAUGAAUUUCCUUUUUGUGUUAUGGAAGGUGUUAUAUUUAAUGAGUUUCUAAAAGCGAUUUAUCCAUGGUACAAAAAGAUUACUAGGCAACAAGUUAAGUUUGAUUGUGAGACAUUUUAUGAGGCUGAGAGAAUUAAAAUGAAAAGGUCCAUGGCUUUAAUAAACAGGGUCAGUCUCACUACUGACUUGUGGUGGUCUGGUGAACAGAGGAUAGGUUAUAUGACUGUGAGUGGUCAUUUCAUUGAUUCAAAAUGGCAGCUUCAUAAAAGAGUUUUAUCUUUUAAGAAUGUGCCACCACCACAUUCUGGGGAGGUUUUGUGUAGGGAGUUGAUAAAGGUAAUGAAUGAUUGGGGAAUAAGGGAUAAAGUAGCUUAUAUUUAUGUUGAUAAUGCUAGUGCCAAUGAUAAUUGCAUUGCUAGAUUGAAGAGGGAUUAUUCUCGUAGGAGAAAUUUACCCUUAGAUGGUAAAUUGUUUCAUGUAAGGUGUUGUGCACACAUCUUAAAUUUGUUGGUUCAGGAUGGUCUUUAUAUGAUUAAGGUGACUGUUGAUAAGAUAAGAAAUGGUGUCAAAUACUUGCUGAAUUCUGAAACAAGAUGCAAAGCAUUCAAAAAGUUUGUUGAUGAGUUGCAACUUGAAGGCAGAAUGCAAGUGUUGGAUACCAAGACUAGGUGGAACUCAACUUGGUUGAUGUUGUCCACUGCAUACCAUUACAGAGAAGUGUGGCCUAGAUAUGCUGAGGAAAAUGGUGCAUUUCUCAGUUAUUUGCCUGAUGCAAAUGAUUGGAAAGAUGUUCAUGAUAUUUGCAAGUUUUUGGAGGUUUUUGCUGAUGUGACAUCAAUUAUUAGUGGCACAUCUUACCCUACUGCAAAUCUGUUUUUGUCUGAGCUUUACAGGGUGAAGGUUCUACUUGAUAACCCUUCAAAUAUCUCAAAUAAUCCUCAGCUACAGGCGCUUGCUAAUGAAAUGAAGUUGAAAUAUGACAAGUAUUGGUCAGAGUCUAAUACAUUGAUUUCUAUUGGUGCAGUCCUUGAUCCAAGUUAUUUUCUGAGGCCUGUGAUUAAUUUUGUUGGAUCUGCAUCUUUGUUAUAUGAUGCUUAUGAAUUAUCUGAGGCCUAUGAUGGAUUCUUUUCUUGA